AUGAACAUGUUGGAUGAAGAAGAAACCUUUCACGCCACGCGUAAAGGGUUUACCCAUUUGAGUGAAAUCGAAUGGGGUGCGGUAGAACGAAUGAGUUCUACCGUAGGCGAACUCGUCGCUAGCGCCAUGUUGGAGUCUCUAGACAGAGACCAACAACAUGCCGCUAUCGCCAAGUUCAUUCAAAAUGAACUUGCCAUCGAGAGGGAGAAAGUAGCCUUGCUUCACCAGCAAGUCUCUCAACAGGCCGAGCAGUUGAGAGAACUCGGUGCUCAACAGACGGAGCUGUUGAGACGGCAGCAAUUCCAUGCUGCUGUGGGCGGGACGGCGCAUGCGCGUCGUCCCGAGGUCAUGAAGGUUGACAUCUCCAAGUACAGUGGAGUCCCGGAAGACUCCCUGUUACUGUGGUUUGUCGAACUCGACAGAGCUUUAAGGGCUCGUCGCGUCGAGGAUGAGCAAAUAAAACUCACAUUUGCUCAGACCCACUUGGCAGGGCGUGCCAAAACUUGGUCCCUGGGACUCGAGAGUAGCGACUUAAAUGUGUUUAGGUCGCUAGAUGACUUCAAGUUCCGGCUCAGACAAACGUUUGAGCCGCCACGGGCUGAGUUCAGGGCUCGUUGA